AUGGCCGUACCUAAUCCCCACCCGCAUGUAAUUAAGGUGACAGAGAAAAAAUUAAGACUGAAUAGAAGCCGACAUUCAUCACAUGAGAAAAGGACGAGAAGUUUACUACAACGGAUCGUAACAAUUAGGCGUUUGUUACCGGGAGGAAGAGAAGAGCACGGUGGUGGUCGCAAAAAAUGCAAUUCCGGAGGAAACGAAAAAGUUUUCACAAGAAGUCGAUUCUGGAGAAAAUUUUCUUCACAGUGCUAUGGAGCUGCCCUUCCUACUUUGUACCAGGGCUUGAAUCUAGCUUCACAAGUUUUGGAUCUUGUUAAGGCGAAAUUUUACUUCAUGAGGACGGCUGUCGAUAAACUCAAACAGGGGAUCAACAACUUGAGAAAUUCGCCGAUCAAUGAGUACGAUAUAGCAUCUCUAGAACCUCAAAUGGCUCAACUAGUGGCAAAAUUAUCGAGGGUCGUUGCUUCGCCCUCAAUGCUGGAUCAACUUGAUUCCUCAGAGACUUCCACACUAAUCGGCGGACUGGCAUCGCUUCGGAAGAUCCUACCUUACAACCCAAGCGAAUUUAACAUGAAACUCAACCGAGAAGGCGCCUACAGCAUAAUCGUCCAGGCUAUUACAGAAAUCAACAAUAUUGUGUAUACACUGGUCAAGGCGUUGGUACCUAGAAUACCCGGCCAAGAGGUGGUCAUUGACGACACGAACGCAAAUAUGGGACUUGAACAACGCUUUCACAUGCAAGAAGAAUCAUCGCCGCCUCCAGUUUACGUGGAUUACGCUUACGUGGACGAAGGAAAGCCUGACUCGUGA